ACGUUUGUAUUACAAGAGUGACGUCUUCUAAAAAACCGGAGCAAACAAGACGGGCGAACCGAAAAAUAGCUAAUGUCCACGAAACGGUGAACCGGAAUCGGACGGUUUACUCGGACUACUCAACCACCAAGCUCCUCACUGAACUCCAUCUCUUAUCCUUCUUCUCUUCUGCUGAUCUUCGUUCCCUCCUCCUGCAGACUGUCGCCGGGACACGUCCCUCAGUCAGCCGGUGCCGUCCUUUCACUGAUUAAAUUUGCCGCCCGCUAGUUUUUCUUUUUUGGAGUAGGUUGCAGAGGCAGAGGUAGAGGGAGAAGGACUGAAAUUGGAGUCGGUGGUGAGGAAGAGGAACAGAGUGCGGCGGCGAAAGUGCGGUCCUGUAGCUGUGCCGCUUGAAGCAGUGGCGAAGAGAAGUUCAAUUGGACGGAAGCCAUUGCUUUAUUUUUAUUUCCUUAAAUAAAAAAUAAAAUUGUCACAUCAAAUCAACGUCAAGAAUUAAUUUCAAUAAAGCAAUCCAAUUUCAGCAACGAAACAUAGGUAAAAGCCACAACUCGGAUUGGAUAUUUUAUUAUUUUCAAUUCUCUACACUUCCGUUCCGUGUUCCGUGUUCCAAGAGAAGAACUUGCUUGUGUUCCGUUUUUGAGCUACGAGCUUCAAAUUCACUUGAAUACGGCCAAGUGCCAAAUGAGUUUGAGUGCGAGCUAUUGUGCAAGUUACGGUCUUCGUCUUCGACCUUGCGGAGUUGCAAACUGCAAUCUUGAACGACAUGGCAGGAAUAUUGUUCCUAUCAACACAUCGAAGGAACUUCCAAAAUAUGACAACUGUCUUCAAUCAAAGUUGAAGAUUGGUACUAGCAAUAGUGUGAAGACAUUAAUGGGUGCUAUGGCAGUGACACACUUGAUUGCUCCAGUUGCUGCAAAAGCUGAAGUAGCUGCUUCUGUUUAUUCUUUGGCUGAUGCAAACCUAAGUGACUGGUUUGGAGGUUUAUUGUAUUCAGCUGGGCAACAGGCCAAUGAAGCUGUUCAGAGUCAAUUAUCUUCUCCCAGUUUCACUAGUUUGGCAGUAAUUUUUGGGGCAGGGCUUGUGACCAGUCUUUCUCCUUGUACACUCAGUGUCUUACCGUUGACCCUUGGUUACAUUGGGGCAUUUGGCUCUGGAAAAAGUAGAGCAGAGGUUAUUGGGGAUUCAAUUGCAUUCUCCUUGGGUCUUGCAACAACGUUAGCCCUUUUGGGAGUCGCUGCAUCAUUUGCUGGAAAGGCUUAUGGACAGAUAGGCCAAGGAUUACCACUGGCUGCUUCUGGUUUGGCUGUAAUUAUGGGUCUGAACCUUCUUGAGAUCAUUGAAUUGCAGCUCCCCUCGUUCUUCGACAGUUUUGAUCCACGUGCAGCAGCUGCCAAUUUCCCAUCAAGUGUGCAAGCAUAUCUGGCUGGGCUUACAUUUGCUUUAGCUGCCUCGCCUUGCAGCACACCUGUACUGGCUACCCUUCUAGGUUAUGUUGCUGCAUCCAAGGAUCCAGUGAUUGGAGGCAGCUUCCUUUUGACAUACACAACUGGUUAUGUUGCUCCCUUACUCUUAGCUGCUUCUUUUGCUGGAGCAUUACAGAGCUUGCUUUCAUUUCGCAAGUUCUCAGCAUGGAUCAAUCCCAUAAGUGGAGCAAUGCUGCUAGGAGGUGGUGUGUAUACUUUCUUAGAUAGGCUCUUCCCUGCAACAAUGGUGAUGUAGAAAAUUUCCAUGCUCUCAACACAUGGCUUACUCGAAACACGUCGUAUAUAUCAUACAAUGAUGCAAAAUUCAAAAGAAAUUGAAAUUCAAGUGCAAGUGCAAGAUUUACUGUAUUCUACAGUUCCUUUUUUUUUUUUGGGAAAAAGCCCAAAGCUUAAUGAAAGUUGACCAAAACUUGUCAUAGAUAGUGUUGUUAAUUGAGUUAAUCGGUAUAUUGUACUUAGCGGAUCCAAAUCUAUUAUGUAUUAUUUAGAUCACUAUAAUCUUUUAUUUAAAAGAACUACUUUAAGUC